UCACCCUAUUAUUUGUUACUGCUUCGAAUGCUAAAUCAAUUUUACUGUUGUUUUCACCGUACCUUUAAAAUUAAACUUUUCUUGAAAGAAAUUGCAUGUCGAAUUAUCAAUUUUGUUUUUUUAGUUUGGUUUGGUUUCUAAGUUUUGGACUCGAUAAGUGUGGAAUUUGAGGGUUUUUUUAGAAAAAGAUUUUGUGGGGUUAUUUCAAAAUUUGAUCUUUAAUGAUGGAUUGAUUAAUUGAUCGAGCCCAUUACAUAAAAGUGCUUAGAUUGAUAUGUUGCGAUAAUUUUAACAAUUUGCAGCAUGAUUAAUGUUUAUAGGGCAACAGUUAGUGUUGUUAGCUGUGCAGUCUAGGCUAUUUUGCGGAUUUGGAGAUUAACUUUCUAAUAAGGUUUAGUGUUUGUUCAUAAAUCGCAGUUUUGCUACAUGUUUUAAUGGGUGGAAUUUUGUUUAUCAGCUGUUGUUAGAUCAUUUUAAAAUAAUUUUGGGAGCUCACUAUUUUAUUUUAUUUCCUUUUUUUCUGGUUUCGUGCGUUGCUGAUUUGGGUUCAAUGGAAUGGUUCCUGUUGUCUGCAGUGCUUGCUGGUCUUGCUUUUAUGUUUUCGGCUAGCAUUCUGCUACAGAUAUUGGCUUGUGCAAUAUACAAUAAUUGGUGGCCCAUGCUAUCAGCUCUCAUGUAUGUGCUGGUGCCUAUGCCUUGCUUAUUCUUUGGGGGUGGAUCCACUCAGUUUCUGACCAGCAGGGAUGGUGGGGGUUGGAUAGAUGCUGCUAAAUUCCUGACGGGGGCGUCAGCUGUUGGGAGUAUAGCCAUUCCCAUUAUCCUUAGGCACGCUCAUAUGAUUGAAACCGGGGCUAUGUGGAUUGAGUUCACAUCAUUUGUCAUAUUUGUCUGCACUGUCAUGUGUUUUCACCGUGCUAGCCUAGAAGACGAGUGGUGAUUGAUGCCACACUUGCUAAUGCUCUUGUUCGGUGGACAAGUUGCCAUAUGAUCCAUAUGCAUAUGCAUAUGCAUGGGAAAAGAAACAUAUAAUUUCCCAUUUGUAAAUCCUUUUGUAUUUAUAUCUUCCAAAUUAUAUUAUGAGUUAUCCGUGUUUGGUUGACUUACUUUGUAUCUCCACGUUAGGUUCUGUUUUAAACGGGAUAUGCUCUUAUCGUUCUUAUUUCUGAA